AUGGCGUCGAGUGGUGGCGAAUGGGUUGUCACUAUGGAUGAAGACGGCCAGCACGACCCGGCCGACAUCGGUGGACCUCGACACUGCACUGGAUCAACAGGCCACCUCGUCUACGCGCAGCUCAGAACGCGGCACCCCACGGUGCGCUACGCAACGCGGCGUCGAAGUCGUCGAAAUGAGCUCCGACUGGUCCUCGGAGAGGUCGGACGGUCGGUCGCCGCAUACGCCGGAUCCGAGGCUUACCUCGACGUGGCUCUGGGCUGGAUCGCGGAGAGGUCACCACUCAGCCCGGUUCAACUGCAAGCUUGCUGUCGCAUUUCUGGCGAAUGGUUCUCUUCCAGCGGCACCAAGGGCCUGCGAAUGGUCAGUUUGAUCGGCUUCCUGUUCGCUGUCGGCGGUCUCGUCAUCGUCCUCUACGUAUUGGCGUCGUACGUGUUCUCGACGCCGGCGUCGAGCGACCCCGCGUCAGGCCCGUUAGCGCCGGAACGCCACCGAGCCACCCGCGUAACAAUGAAUGUCCCCACGUGGGUAGUCGGCAGCGGCGGCCUCCCUCGGCAGCUCCGUGGCCCGCGAACUCGAAGCGCCGGGGCCGACAUCCGCACCAGCCGCGUCCCGUGGGGCGAACCCGCUCUGGCCAGAGAAAUCCUGUUCGCCGAUGCCAGGAAACUGGUUACUGAUGCCGCCGGCGGCCCGUGGCGAAUGGCGUGGUGCGCCGGGCAGAACCAACUCAUGAAGGACGUUCUCGACGAGCUGGGGACGGCGGACGCAGGCGUCGGGACCGUCUUCCACGCUUCGUCUGCCGGCGGCGUCUACGCCGGAGCUCCCGGAGCACCGCACACCGAAACAAGCGCGACCAAUCCACUGGCCGACUACGGGCGAGUCAAAGCUCGAUGCCGAAUCCAUUGUUCGCGAAUUCGGCUCCAGAAGCGGAACCCGCACUGUCAUAGGAAGAUCUCGCAAACUCUCUACGGCCCGGGUCAGAAUCUGGCGAAACCCCAAGGCCUGAUUUCGCACCUCUGCCGAGGCUAUCUGCUGUCGAUGCCCAUUUCGAUCUACGUUCCCAUGGACACGCUUCGGGACUACGUCUUACGUCUCCGACGCGGCCGAAAUGGUGGUCGACAGCUUCACCCCGAGCGGAAGCGUCGCAGUGAACCGACGGUCACCAAGAUCUACGCGUCCGGACGCAGCGUCACCAUCGGGGCGAUCCUCGGCGCGUGCCACACCGUCUUCAGAAAACGCCCCAACGCUGUGCUCGCCAGUUCUCCACUCGCUUCGGCGCAAGCCCGAGACCUACGGCUGCGAUCGAUCGUGGAC